GGGCGAUAUAAGUCACAACUAUAGGAUUCAUAGUCGCAGGUUGCUGCAGGUCCUAGAUCCUUUGCACUAAACAUCAUAUGCGAACCAUGAGAUGGCAUUUAAAGCGAAAUUGGUCGAUUCAAAGACCGUUCUUAUCCAUUUGCUCCUGUGUCUUGUUAUAUUUUACUCUCUGUACUACAUGAUCGGGAGUGUGUGUUUCGGUAUCUUCAAGUUGGACCACUUUGAUGGCCUCAUCCCGUUUGACUUCAAGACCGGGCCCGCCGACUCAAACUCCAAAUACUUGGUCAACCUGCUGUCUAUGGAGCUCACCUACUUCUCCUGUGGCCUGCUGUUUGCUGCUGUGGUGAGAAGAUGGGUUUGGGACUACGCACUGACCGUCACCUUUCUGCACGUUCUUCUCACCAGCUUAGUGAUGUUGGAGUUCCCCACAGUGUGGCAGUGGUGGUUAGCGCUAGGUAGUGGCUUGUUUCUCAUGAUCUGCAAUGGACAACUGAUAGCCUACUUCACCUGUCGUGGGGACCACAGCUACCCCUCCUUUGGUAGUUACUGACGCUUCGGGAAAGAGAUAACACUCACUGCCUGUUUCUACUUAUCAGUCUGUACAGCGUUAAACCUUCUGAUAUCCCUUUUUGGUUAAGGUGAUGCUCUAUGUCUGUAAAAAUAUGAAAUAAUACAAUAGUAAUAUCAUAAUUGAGUUUUAUGGUCCGAUGCUAUUAUCCAAAGCAAGUCCAUUAAUUCCUAGCAUGGGGGGCCCAGUAGGAAAUAUGAGUAUGAAGCAGAGAACUAACGUAGGCCAAAUGUAGGACUACUUGGAAGAAGUGGAUGUUGCAAUAAAAUUAAUUUGUGUAUAUAUAAUUUA